AUGACCUUAAGUGUUAUUUUAUUUUGGAAGAAAGGAUCUCUAUUGAGAUAUGUAGCUUUCAUAUAUAUUUAAUUUAAUCACUUCAAAACUUCCAAUGUGAGAGUAGUGUUCUCAUUUAUUUCAAAGUAGCAAUUUAGAGUGUUGUGUGAUCUAGUUGUGCUCAAUAGGCCAUGUUACCGGAUAAUUCAGAUCUUGCAACUAACGAACCACCACAAUAUUUUAAGCAUAGAAAUCUAUUGAUGGUUCACUAAUUUGAUGCCACUCAACAUGCAUGUAAACAUAAAUAAUGAUUCAACAAUUACUAAGUCUUAGUUAUAAAUAUUAUUAGAUAAUGAGUAUUUAAACACAACAACAAGUGCACAUCAUCUUUUUGGUGCCAUUAUUGA